AGUCAAUGAAGUAUCCAAUCUCAGUAUUAGGAAUGCCACAAAAGAAAAAGGGCAAUAUACGGACGGCGCUGGGAGAGCGACAACAAGAGGGUCUUAAGAAGGACAUUAACCUGGAAGUUCAAGAGGACGAAAUUCCAGGAGAUUUGGAAGUGUCUGAAAGUGAUCACACUAGCGAGUCAGAUGGUUCGAUAAACUCUGAGGAAGAGAGCGAUGAGGAGGAAGCGGAAGGGGCUUACUUGCGAUCAGUCUCAAGGAAGGGACAAGGCACCACACCAAAGCGGAAGGAUCUGCUUGACUCCCGAUUUGUUUUGCCAAGCGACGAGACCCAGGAUAGUGAUGGUCGAGAGAGUAGCUCAGGGGGUAGCGACGAUGAGGUAGAAGGCAAUUCUGCAUCCGAAGAUGACCAUGACGAUAACAGUUCGGAAAAACAAGACCUCGCUACCCUUCUUGAUCCUGACAAUAGUACAAUAACAAAUCCCCAAGAACUGGCUCUCCCGCCACUCUCCUCCGCAAAACCUCUAACUGCCAAAUCCCUCGCAAAAUUCCAAUCCAAAGUAGAUGCAACAGGCGUCAUUUACCUCUCUCGUGUCCCACCUUUCAUGCGUCCCAUUAAACUCCGUCAACUCCUAGCCCGUUUCGGCGCGAUCGGUCGUAUCUACCUAGCGCCUGAAGACCCACGCAUCGCAGCCCGACGAAAAAAGUAUAGGCAUAACAAACGACAGAACUAUACGGAAGGGUGGGUGGAGUUUCUGGACAAAAAGGUUGCACGACAAGUUGCAACGCAUCUGAAUGGAAAGCAAAUCGGGGGCAAAAAGCGAAGCUUUUACUACGAUGACAUUUGGAACAUGAAGUAUCUGCCACGAUUCAAGUGGAACCACUUGACCGAGCAAAUUGCUUAUGAGUUGAAAGUGAGGGAACAGAGACUGAAGACUGAGAUGGCUCAGGCAAAGAGGGAAAACAAAGCGUAUGUCAAGAAUGUAGGGAAAGCGAAAAUGGUUGAAGCUAUAGAAGAGAGAAAUAGACAAAAGAAGCGAAAGGCGGGAGCUGAGAUCGGAAAGGAUGACGCGGCUGCGUCGACCCUGAACGCUGAUGAGACAACGGCCAUUCGCAGGCGUUUCAAACAACGGAAGGUCGUGGACUCUGAUGCGAAGGCGACUACCGCUGGUUCGUCCAUAAAGAAGGCAGCAGUCUUAUCAAAGCUCUUCGGUUGAGUUUCCAAAUGUGUAGGAUACAAUUUUUUAAAUACAUAAUACUUGCAUGAACGUCUAUAACGUCUAUA